UUUGACAGGCGCACACCCCGCAGACCGAAAAAUUCAAAACACUUUUACUAUGGUUGUAUUCAUUCACAACAGAAGUAGUGUUUUAGUAAGGAAGGUCGCGAAAUAUUUCGUCCAAGGUCCUACAAAUAAAAGCAGUAUGGGUAGUUCUUACUCGAGAUCAUACUCUCCGAACAAUGGUCAAAAUGGAAACUCAAAUGAAAGACGUGGUACGAUAUCCCGUAUGGAAUCCAGUAGCAAUUACGUGGAAUCCGUGGUGUGUAAAGAAAAUGACCUCAAAGACAACGAAAUGAAAGUGUUUGACAUUGGCGACCACGGAAAAGUGCUCUUGGUAAAACAGAAAGGCGAGUUUAAUGCUUUGGGUACAAAAUGUACGCAUUACGGAGCGCCCCUGGUGUCUGGCGCGUUAGCAGACGGCAGGGUGCGGUGUCAAUGGCACGGCGCCUGCUUCAACAUUAAGACAGGUGACAUCGAAGAUUUCCCAGGAUUCGACUCCCUGCCGUGCUACCAAGUAACCGUGACGGAGAAGGGAGAAGUUAAGGUACGCGCAAAAAUCAGCGAUUUGAAAUCUAACAAACGCAUCAAGGAUAUGGGAAUAGUUUCCCCCUGCGAUGAUUCUGUCGUGGUGGUAGUGGGCGGCGGCCCCUCUGGCGCCACCUGUGCCGAGACGCUACGUAGUGAGGGAUUCAAGGGACGGAUCAUUGUCGUCGCCAAAGAACCCCAUCUUCCGUACGACAGAAUUAAAGUAUCCAAAAUUGGUGUUGUAACCGAAAUUGAAAAGCUUCAAGUACGAUCUCAAGAUUAUUAUACUGAUGCCAACAUUGAAAUCCUGAAGGGAGUAGAAGCCACUAAGGUGGAAGCUAAUGAUAGACUGGUUCAUCUCAGUAACGGAACUAAACUUCGCUACAGCGCACUCUAUCUCGCGACCGGAUGCAAACCUCGCGUGCCGAAUAUCCCCGGCAUCGACCUAAAGAAUAUAUUCACUGUGAGGAACUUUGAAGACGCCAUCAACAUUCUUACCACUUUGGGCUCUGAUAAAGAUAAAGACGUUGUUGUUCUCGGCCUGAGCUUCAUCGGACUCGAAACAGCCGCAUCGUGUAACGAUAAAGCAAAAUCUAUGACCGUCGUGGGCAAAGACAAAGCUCCGCUCGGCCAAAUAUUUGGUCAGGAAAUUGGGCACAGCCUAAAAAUAUUGUUCGAAGAUAAGGGUGUUAAGUUCCACUUUGAAACCACAAUAACCAAAUGUAACGGUGAGAAUGGCGUGAUAAAAUCAGUGGAGCUGGCUAACGGAACCGUCCUGCCCGCAGAUAUGCUCAUUUUGGGCGUGGGUUCAACAUUCAACACCGAUUUCCUAAAUGAUAGUGCUAUCAACAUGGAAGCAAACGGUGCGGUCACCGUCAACGAUAAGUUGGAAACUAACGUGAAACAUGUUUUCGCCGGGGGUGAUAUCGCGUAUGCGCCGGUAGCUGCGUAUGGGAAUAAGCACAUGAGCAUAGGACACGUCGGUUUGUCGCAGUACCAUGGGCGUAUUGCUGCUCUCAACAUACUAAAGAAAGAAACGCCUCUAAGAACUGUCCCUUACUUCUGGACGAUGCUGUUCGGCAAGUCAAUACGGUACGCUGGCUGCGGCAGGCCAGCUAGCUCGAUGAUCGACGGAAACGUAGACGAAUUGAAGUUCGUAAUAUUCUUCUUCGAUGAGUCCGACAAAGUGAUAUCCGUGGCGUCGUGCAUGCGAGACCCCGUCGUUUCACAGUUUGCCGAGUUUCUGUAUCAAGGCAAGUCACUAUACAAGAAAGAUUUAAAAGACGACCCUUUCGCUUGGACGAAGAACAUACACUAAGCUAAUCUGCAACGGCGACGCAUUUCAAAGUAUACAUUGGAGAAAUAUCAGUAUAACUGCUUCUCAUGUUUUUAAUGCUUCAGUAAAUGGCAUUUUUUCAGUCUUUAAUUUUUCUUUAGUUACUUAUGAUUUACUUAUGAUUCGUUCUAAUUUAUUGCAGUUGAGAAUUUUGUCCUAUUACCAGUAUUAUUUUAUAUUCCUCUAAGGCGAAAACGUAAAAAAUUAAACAAUUAAAAAUAUUAAAUUACUUAUUUUAAAACAGUUUUGCAUCAUAUUUACUUAUAAUUUAUGUGUGUAAUAAUUUACACAUUCCAAAUUAUAUGAAUAAACUUAACUUAAAGUUUCCACUUUAUAUAAGUCACCAAGGCAUAAUUAGUAUCGAAGGUGUAAUAUUCUCAAAGCGAUUCGUGAUAAAACAUAGAACAAAAAAUAUUUGUUAAGUUCACAAUAUAUAAAUAUUGCAAGUCAUGCCAAUGGGCUAAAUAUAUGUAAUUCUAGUUUCAGACUUAAAAGGUUAGGUCAGGCCUAGAGUGCUAAUUAUUAAGCGCCAUGGUCCAUGAAUAUAUUUCAACAGACUUGCGUAUAUUGUGAAUAUAUUUAAAUUUAUUUAGUCAAAUAUUAUUUUUACGUUUAUAAAUGUAUUUCUGCAAGUAAAAAAGUUUUUUUCGUGAUAACAUCAUUGGUUAUAAGUGUAUUUGGAUUUCUUUUUUUCUGCGUCUUCGUUUAGGUAUCUUAUUUACACAAAACAUUGAGAAUCAUCACUGUCAAAAUGUUUACCCUAUCUAUACAUUCUUUCAAAUUUGUUUAUUUCGCAAGUACUUAUAAAAUAUAAAAGUACUGUUUAUUGCCAUGGUAGGUAGUUUAAAAAUUAUGACCCAGUAGCUCUUGCCGCGGCUCCGUAAUGUAGCUUCCUAUAAGUUAAAUCAUUUUUAAAAUCGGUUCAGUAGUUCCUGAGAUUAUCUUCUACAAACGAACAUAGUUAGGUACUUUACCCCUAAAGAGUUCUAAGAUUAUAUAGAGCGGACAUUGUGAAAAUUGUCAUACAAAUUGUAUGUAUAUUAUGUGUAGGUAAUUUUAGAUCUUAUAUAUUAUCGUAAUAAUUAUUUUAACAUAUUGGCUAUAGCGGACAUACCUGUUGUUUUAUGUGUAUGGAAUAUCCGCAAAUAUUUAUGAAUUUCUUCCCCUCAAAAUGUAAAGCAGGAAUUGUAUCCCGGAAAAACCUUUGCAAGCAGACGGAGCCGCCAUUCCUGAUAUUAAAAAAAUUAAACCGUAAUAAGUAUUAUAGUUACUAUAUUCGGAAUUUAUAUGUAUGUGAUAUUAAAUGUUAUAAUUAUAUAAUUUGAAUCCACUGAGUACAUUUAUAUUAUGCAUAAGUACAUAUUAUGUGAUAUAUUUAUUACUCCUGUAGGUAUAUAUAAAAAUGGUUCUAAAUUUAAAUAUUUAUAGUUAUAGUAAGUACAUGUUGUAGAAAUAAUAGAUCUGAUCUACAAUAAAAUAUAAAAUAUUAAUAUUAAGUACUUUGAGCUUCGUGGUAUUAUGUAAUAACCUAUGAUCUGUGCUUUUCGUGUAAUGUAGGCGCAAGUCCUUACUAAACGUUACUUUCAUUAACAUUAUAUUUUGUCAUAUGACGCGAAAUAGCAUUUUAGUAAUUUUUGGAAACCUGUUUAGUCAUUAUCAAUCUCGACUCUAACCAACCCGACUACGGCCAAGAGAUCUUUUUUCAAGGCAAGGCCUAUUUUCUUUAUGUCCCUGACCAGAUCAGGCGCGAACCACGAGCGGGAACGAAAAAACCCCGACUUCAAUAAUUUCGUACUUAAAAUGCGUUAGUAAAAUGGGGAUUAAGUAUCUAAAAAGAGGUUUUCAGUUGGAUAUCGCGCGGGGUCCGAAUGCGAGGUUCCGGGCAGUUGCCCAGUCUCCCUUCUUCCCAAAAAGCCGCUACUCUCCAUCAUUACACAACUGCCGUGGGAAGAUAUGUUUUUUCAUGAACGCAUGGCGCAUUUUUUGUUGCAAAUUUAUAAUUAGCCAUAUAGUGUGAUGUACGGAGGAACAACACUUUCAGGCACAAAAGGUACAUUAUUAAAAGCAUUUAGAUAAUUUAUAACAGUUUGUUAUUAACUGUUGUAAACAUAAUUCCCUUAUGACUAACAAAGAUGUAAAAGUUGGCCCUUAUACUAGAAUAUCACAGUAUGGCCUGAACUAAGGUGCACAUGCUUUAGUAAUAAUUAUAUAUUAUUUUAAUAUUUAACUAUAUAUUUAUAUUUAGUAAUAGAUAUUAAGUGCGUACGCUGUUUGUAACUUGUUAUUUUAUGUAUUUAAAACAUAUUCAUAAAUUCAGGAAAUUGUGUCACAAAAUAAUGCAUUUUAUUGUACAUUUGAUACAUGUAAGUUUAGAAUUUUUGCAGCCAUAAUGGCAUCUGUUGUAUAAAAAUUUACUGUAGAACAAUGUCAACAACCAUUUUUGUAAGCAAACUAUAUUUUAUUGUGGUCAAAUAAGUAAUAUAUAAGGCUUCAUAAUGUUGAUUUUGUGUUAAAAUAAAUGUAAAGUAAAUUAUGUACUCUUUAUUACAAGUGCA